AUGGUGCAGGUCCACACCAGUGCAGAAAAUGAUGCUCCAACCAAACAUAGGAUGCUCUUGCAUCGCAAGCAUCACGAAUUCUGCGUUCACUCUCAAAUUUGGAAUAUAAUAAUGGGAAGAGGGAGGGUUGAGCUGAAGAGGAUUGAGAACAAGAUAAAUAGGCAGGUAACAUUUGCAAAGAGAAGGAAUGGGUUGUUCAAAAAGGCUUAUGAGCUCUCUGUGCUCUGUGAUGCUGAGGUUGCUCUCAUCAUCUUCUCCAAUCGUGGCAAGCUCUAUGAAUUUUGCAGCAGCUCUAGGUAUGUCACCCCUUUUCUCUAA